AUGAAACAAGCUAUUUUAAUUGUGCUUUUUGCAGCUCUUUUCUCUAGCACCUUUGUUGGCGCAAUGAGUAUCGGUGGUGUAAAUGGACUCUCAAGAAGAGGUUUACUGGAUGCAUGUAAAAGUAACGAUGAUUGUAUUUCUGGUCAAGUAUGUGGUACUGAUGAAGUGUGCCAUCUUAAUCAAGGAGCAACUUGCGACAUCAACUCUGACUUUUUUUGCGUAACUUCUAUUUGUCGUAUUGUUGGAAGUGAUACCCUCAAAUGUCAACUUACUGAUACUCGCCCUACUAGAGAUGUUUGCUUAGUGGAUGAUGCAUGCGAGAGUAAGAAAUGUACUAAAAACUUUUGCGAAUAA